ACCGCGGCAGCACGUGCACAACUCACAUCACGCGCCUAUUGCUUUCUUCCACACGGCUUCCUCAUCCUCUCAUCGCCAUCUCCUUCUUCGAAGCUUCACGCCUCUCUCAUCCUCCCCGGAUUUUAUUGUUACCUCGAAUUCAUUGCUUUGACGAUCGGAAUAUCAUCCACUUCCUCAUCAAUAUGAGAUCUUUCUAGGUUUUCAGUUCCUUUCUUCUUCCUUGCCCUCUUUCGAUUGGAGGAUUAGUGUACUGUUGAUCAUCGGAUUUUGAGGCAUGCGCCUGCUUGCUAUGAGCUAAAAAUCCGAUCUUUUGAGGGUUAUAUGCUCGGGUUCGUAACUUUUAAUCUUUUCUCCUCUCUCUUGGAUCUUAUGAUGCGCGCGUAGAAGAGAGAGCGUUUUGGGGGGUUUGCUUGAAAAUUGGUGAAUGGCUUCGUUUACUCUGUGGUUGUUGGUGCUAUCACAAUUACCGUGGGGUUUGGCUUCGGUUGCAGUUCCAGCUCUUCUGAAAGUAUGUGGUUACGAUCAGGUCCAGUACUUGGAAUCAUCAUCCGACGAGUACUACCUCUUAAUUAAUGGAAUACGGAUAGAGGAUCCAGUUCUGAUCUGCAAGGCACUUGAGUCCUACUCCAGUAAUGGCUGUUUUGCAUCUGAUCCCGACAUGGGACAUUGGGGAAAGAUUGGAGAGAAGUACUGCAAUGAAGACUUCACACCAUUACUUCAUGUCGAGGUUAACUUGAUAAGGCAAGGUGGAAGAAAACUGUUACAGUUUUUGGAAAAUGUCACUAACUAUAGUCAGGGGAGAGAAUUUAAUACAUCCGAAGAAGGGCAACGGUAUAUAAUUUCUUCAGAAAAACAAGAUAUCCCUCUUGCUCUUCCAGGAAUGCUCCUACUGUGUUGUGGUAUCUUCUGUCCUUGCUUCUAUGCUAAACGAAAAGAAGAAAGCCAUCACAGUGUACAUGACCGGCGGCAGGGAACGAGCGAGUCAAUGGAUUUAAAUGAAUCUUUUGAAUUAACUUCCACAUCUGAAAAGAUUCCAGCUACUCCAAGAAUUCCUCCCAGUCCAUCUCGAUUUUCAUCGUCGCCUCAAUUGAGUAGAAUUGGAUCAGUACAUCUCACCCUUAAUCAGAUAGUCAAAGCUACUCAAAAUUUUGCACCUCUAAUGAAAUUAGGUGAAGGUGGAUUUGGAACUGUGUACAAAGGUGUUUUACCAGAUGGUCAAAUCGUUGCGAUCAAACGAGCAAAGAAGGAGCAAAUUUCGUCUUUGAAAGACGAAUUUACCAAUGAAGCCGAAUUGCUCACAAAGAUUGAACAUGGAAAUUUGGUGAGGUUGCUUGGUGUAACUACCAAAGGAAAUGAACGAAUUAUAAUUACUGAGUUCGUUCCAAAUGGUACUCUGAGGGAGCAUUUAGAUGUCAUCCAUGGAAGGAUAUUGGACUUCAAUCAGCGUUUAGGAAUUGCUAUCGAUGUUGCUCAUGGAUUGACUUACCUCCAUCUAUAUGCAGAAAGAACAAUAAUCCACCGGGAUGUGAAGUCAUCGAACAUCCUGCUGACAGAAAGCUAUAGGGCCAAGGUGUCAGACUUCGGGUUUGCAAAGUCUGGUCCGACAGAUGCAGAUCAGACUCACAUCUCAACCAAAGUGAAGGGAACUGCUGGGUAUCUUGAUCCCGAAUACCUUAGGACAUAUCAACUCACUCCAAAGAGUGAUGUGUUCUCAUUUGGAAUUUUGCUCAUUGAAAUUAUUUCCGGACGGCGUCCUGUAGACCUGAAAAGAAAUGCCGAUGAAAGAAUCACAGUAAGAUGGGCCUUCAGAAAACAUAACGAAGGAAAUGUCCAGGAGAUACUAGACCCCAUGCUGGAUGAAAAAGUCGACGAAGAAGUUAUCAGGAAGAUGCUCGAUCUGGCAUUUGAGUGUGCUGCGCCUACACGAUCUGACCGACCUGCUAUGAAGGAAGUUGGAGAAAGUCUGUGGGAAAUAAGAAAAGUAUAUGCAAAAAGCCUGAAGGGAACAUAAUUUUAGGCUGGCUAAGGAAGCUCAUACUUGAAACAUUCAAUUUGCUCAUGAUUCGGUUCAAGGUCUUCUCUUUAUGGUGUAUGUUUUGGGCUCAGCAAUUCCAUACACGUUUGCAAAUCUCAAGAUAAAUUCUAAAAUCUCUUGUUCAAAGUGUAUAUGAUUUGAAGUAUACUUAAUCUUUGCAUCACUAGGCUGUAUUAGUGUUUGCUACAUAAUAUUUGCUUUUACUUUGUAUAUUUCAUUGCAUUGUAUGAGAUGGAACCUCUUUGAUUGUUGA